GUAGCUGGUCAUGGCAAGCUUAUCCGAGCUGGAUUUCUACGUCAGGCACAAUCUGGAGUUUUCCAACUUCUCCCUUUGGGACUACGUGUUCAAGAUAAGAUUGAGCGCCUCGUUGACAAGCACAUGCAAAACCUAGGAGCCUCGAAACUAGCCCUCUCAACCCUCACAACUGAAGAGCUAUGGCGUAAAAGUGGCCGCCUUGAUAAAGUCUCUUCUGAGCUCUUCCGGCUCCGUGACCGCAAAGAGGUGCCUAUCAUGCUAUCACCCACACAUGAAGAAGAGAUUACAUCCCUCGUGGCCGGCACUCUGAAAUCCUACAAAGACUUGCCUAUCAAGUUGUACCAAAUCACACGCAAAUAUCGAGAUGAGAUCCGUCCUAGGCACGGUUUACUAAGGUCUCGCGAAUUUAUCAUGAAGGAUCUAUAUACAUUUGAUUUGACGGUCGAAAAUGCCGUGGAGACUUAUCGCGACGUCGCCUCUGCCUACAGUGCCUUUUUCGCAGACCUGAAGCUGCCCAUAUUGGUAGCAGAGGCCAGCUCGGGAGAUAUGGGUGGAGAGCAUAGCCAUGAGUAUCACCUCUCUCACGCCAUUGGAGAGGAUACCGUCGCAGCCUGCAGCAGCUGCGGUUAUACCGCCAACGACGAAGUGGCUGCGGCCCGAUCAUCCAGGCAGCUCGAGGGUGCAAUUUCCCCUUCAUCCUUUGGCAUCUGGCGCGGCAUUACAAACGACAGAAAAACACUUGUAAAUGUGUGGUACCCGCGCUUGACGAACUCACCGUCUGGGGACAGCUGGAAUAUUCAUGCUGUCAAGUCGGUCGUUUCCGAUCUCGAUACCAGUGUCAGUGAUGCCGCAUCGUUCUGGGAGGAGGCCGUCCAACAGGCAGAGAGACAUGAUGGAAAACUUCAACUGUUGAAUGUCAUUGAUUCGAGACUUGCAACGGCAUUUGAGGAUCUUCACGGCGAGCUCCCUCUAUUUCCUGCGGAUCUCGCAGGUAAAGAAAUCCAGCAGUCUUCAAUAUCACAGACACCAGCCGGUGAAGACCUAAACCUCUUGCGCAUAAUGGAUGGUGAUGGCUGCCCUCGCUGUGAUUCAGGAGAGCUUGAGAUCCAUCGCGCAUUGGAGCUAGGUCACACUUUUCUCCUCGGAACUCGCUACUCAGUGCCCCUAGAGGCAUCUGUAGCACUUCCGCAAAACCCAGGAGUGCAGGUUCCAGUCCAGAUGGGCUGCUUCGGCAUCGGCGUUUCUCGCAUUCUCGGCGCCGUGGCAGAGCAAAUGGCAGAUGACAAAGGACUCAACUGGCCACGGGCUAUUGCACCAUUUGAGGCCGUUGUAAUUCCAACGUCUGGCGUCAAUGAGCAGACGUUAGAGUUCUACGAUGCAUUAACCAAACAUGAAAGCUCUGCCGCGAGACUAGAUGUUGUUUUAGACGACCGCAAGGAGGCUUUUGGAUGGAAAAUGCAGGAUGCAGAUAUGACGGGCUAUCCUGUUGUAAUUGUACUUGGAAAGGCUUGGAGAGAAAAUGGCAUCUGCGAGGUGCAGUGCAGAAGGCUCUCUGUGAAGGAGAAUGUGAAGGCGGAAGAUGUGCCCCAAUAUGUGGCGGCUUUGCUGCAGCGGCUAUAG